AUUAGGAAAGGUCCUUUAAGUUCUAUAUUUUUAGGAAAGAGCUGUGAAGUGAAUGUAAACCAUGGCGAUGAAUGGAUGCUCGUCGCAAAACGCCAGCUGGGCAGAUUUAUGGGUUGGUUAAAAUAUUUUCAGUUUGCAGUGCAACUAUUCUCCGCCGUCCUAUGAAGGUGACCGGGUCGCUCGUUAUGCGCUCAACCUUUAGUGCGAUACUGAAUUGA